CAGAAAAGAAGAAAAGUUGCUCCUUUCCGAGCGCUGUAAACUUGAGCGAAGCGGCGCAUCAGACCAUCAGAUUCAAUCCGACUUAAUCUGACACCAUCAAUCGGUACCGAACCGGAGCAAAGCCGCCAAGAUGACAGAGCAGAUGACCGUAAGAGGAACCCUGAAGGGACAUAACGGAUGGGUGACGCAGAUUGCCACGACACCGCAGUUUCCUGACAUGAUCCUUUCCUCGUCCAGAGAUAAGUCCGUCAUUAUGUGGAAAUUGACCCGUGAUGAAACUAACUACGGCAUCCCUCAGAGAGCUCUCCGUGGACACUCUCACUUUGUGAGUGAUGUGGUCAUCUCAUCUGAUGGUCAGUUUGCCCUGUCUGGGUCCUGGGACAGCACCCUGCGUCUGUGGGACCUCACCACUGGUACCACGACCCGUCGCUUUGUGGGACACACUAAAGAUGUGUUGAGCGUGGCCUUCUCUGCUGAUAACCGUCAGAUCGUGUCUGGCUCUCGGGAUAAAACCAUCAAGCUGUGGAACACCCUGGGUGUGUGCAAGUACACGAUUCAGGAUGAAAGUCACACUGAAUGGGUUUCCUGCGUCCGUUUCUCCCCCAACAGCAGUAACCCCAUCAUCGUCUCCUGUGGCUGGGACAAGAUGGUCAAAGUGUGGAAUCUGGCCAACUGCAAGCUGAAAACCAAUCACAUCGGACACACGGGCUACCUGAACACAGUCACUGUAUCUCCUGAUGGCUCUCUGUGUGCUUCUGGUGGAAAGGAUGGACAGGCCAUGCUUUGGGAUCUGAAUGAGGGAAAACAUCUCUACACGCUGGAUGGCGGUGAUGUCAUCAACGCUCUCUGCUUCAGUCCGAACAGAUACUGGCUGUGUGCCGCAACAGGACCCAGCAUUAAAAUCUGGGAUCUGGAGGGAAAGAUCAUUGUUGAUGAGCUCAAACAGGAAGUCAUCACCACAAACAGUAAGGCCGAGCCACCUCAGUGCACAUGUCUGGCCUGGUCUGCUGAUGGACAGACUCUCUUUGCUGGUUACACAGACAACCUGAUCAGAGUUUGGCAGGUGACCAUUGGAACCCGAUAAAGUCGUAAAAUCCAAGAGCAGAAUGCAAAGCAAAUAAAAAAUAAAUAUUAAAAAUGA